AUGUCCGACAAGAAGAAGAAACGGGAGCUGACGGAGCAUACUUGCGCCGAUGAGGGGGAAGAUGAUCAGCCAUUUAUGCCUAUCCCCAUCAACAAAAGGACGGAUCCGCCUCUAAACGACAAGGAUGCAGAAAGGGACAAGAAAGAGCCGGUGUCGGGCCCGGAGGUGAGCAAGGAGAGCGACAAGACGAGCGAGGGUGUCUCUCCGAAAGCGCCCACGCCCUCCACACCGUCCGCUUCGAGUGUUGAUGGCACGAGUCCGGUGGAGGUGACGGCUAUGGGGACGGUGAGUGUCGGUGCCCCGCCAACAUCGCCCGACCCAAAAUCAUUGCCCUCUCCGACCCCGCCUUCGCUGAUGCCGGCGGUCAUGACGAAGGACGACAAGCGAGACGACCCGAAGCGCAGUAUCCAUCGGAAGGACCGCACCCGCGACAACGCCACCGUCACCCAGGCCGACGUCGAUGUUGACAAAUUCCCGCCGAUCCAGCUGCGGCCUGCUACCGCUGUGCCCUCCUCGUCCAAGUCCAAUUCGGGAAAAGGGUCUGGUCCCUUUAUGCCGAAGGCUACUCGCACUCGCGCCUCUCAGAUCCAGACCCGGAACAAUCGCACCCCUCCGCCAACGGCCAAAAAACCCGGCACGUUCUCUGGUCGCAAACGAUCAACCAACAAAGACAACUUCGCCCCACCUCCGCCUGCGGCGCCCGCGCCGCCGCCACCUCCACCACCCCAACGCUCCAAAAUGGACAACAAAGUGGACGAAGAGCUGGCCAUCCAGAAUUCGAUCCAGCUCCAGGAUGAGGAAUAUUGGACGCUUGUCGACCAGACGGUCAUCAAUCGCGAGUACUUCCACGGCUACUUCACCAUGCACUACAUUACGAAAAUGUUGAGGCAGCCCGGCGAUUAUAUUCUUGGGAUCUUGCCGUACAACAAUGAAAAGAAGGGGUGGCAUCUGGCUAGCGGCAUUGGGUUGUGUGUUGCGUUUCGCGACAUUCGCUUCAUCCCGAUCAAAGGCGGAAAGCGCAAACAAUACCGAUUCAAGGGAGGCAAGGUGACGAAGCCGACGGUCCAAGAACUCGUCGCCGAAUAUGCUUGUGGACAAGGCCUUCCGCAGCCCUUUGACAAUGGCGUCGAGAGGCUUGUCUAUCUCACCAGGCCUGUCUCUCGCGCGGCGUACAUCCUGCCACACAAACGCGUCCAGUUGCACGACCGCAUCGGUGGCGGCAAUUUCGGAGUCGUCUACAAUGGCACGCUGCUUGAUAGGAAUAAGAAGUUCAACGUCGCCGUCAAGAUUUUCAAGCCGUCCACCCUGUCAGCGGGCCCGGGGACCAAUCGCACCAAGGACAUUCUGCACCAGAAAAAGUUUCUCGAAGAGGCCUACGUGAUGUGGCAGUUGAAGCACCCUAAUAUUGUGCAUUUCUUUGGGAUCUGCUCGUUGAAGCCGGCUCUGAUGAUCAUCAUGGAAUACUGCACGGGUGGCUGUGUCCGCAGCUAUCUCCAGAAACAAGGGGAUACUGUCCCAGUUUCGGUGAAGAAUCGUUUCGCGAUCGAGGCCUGCGAGGGGCUGAAAUAUUUGACGAACCGCGAUUUCGUUCACCGCGACGUGGCUGCCCGGAACUGUUUGAUUGACGAGAACCUGACGUUGAAAGUGGCAGACUUUGGCUUGACGACCGACGCGGAGGUUCUCCGCCGCAAGGGCGACAACGCGAACGCCAUGGUUCUACCGAUCAAAUGGGCUUCCCCGGAGGUUUUGCGAAGCGGUGACUUCUCUUGGGCCAGCGAUGUGUGGGCGUUCGGGGUGAUGCUGUUCGAGCUGUACAACGAGGCACGCGAGCCUUAUACGGGCCUUCGCAACCGUAUCGUGCGCGAGGAGCUUCUCAAAGGCGCCGGCUUUCGCAUGGAGCUGCCCCCAAGCAUCCCGCUUCCGAUCCGCAGCCUGAUGAUGCGAUGCUGGGAAGAGGUCCCCAUGAAGCGCCCCAACUUCACCGCGCUGGCCGACGAGCUCCGCAAGGCGAAACGGCUGAUCGAGGAAAAC